AUUGAGGUGGUUGACCACUGGCUCAUGCCCUGAUCCCAAAAUAAAUGAUAACUGCGAAGACAAAUUUUACUCUAAAAUGCAAUUAAGGGACUCUCAGCACAAGCCAGCAGUAACAAACAGAAUACAUCCAAAAUCAGAGAAGUUCUACCUUCCAGCGGAAAGCUGGUUCUCAGUUCUUAAAGAGCUUGAUUCUUUUAGUACACAUAGAACUGCUUAAUUGUUUCUCUUGGAACUUGGUCAAAUAUAUUACUCCCUCCGGUCCAUAUUACUCGUCGCUUAAACUGAUGUAUCUAGACAUGUUUCAGUGCUAGAUACAUCCAUUUGAGCGACAACUAAUAUGAAUCGGAGGGAGUACCUGACUCUUUUUCAUGAUUUCAAAAGUAUCUGUAUACAAGAAUCUUCCUCUGAUGAGCAUUUACUUGUGCUCUUCUCCAACAAAGGCCAGGGCAGGAGUGGAGAUGGCAGUGAUUGACGCAGUUGCUAACAGCAUCCGCAUACCCUUGUGGAGAUUAUUUGGCGGAGCAUCGAACAGUGUGACGACAGACAUCACGAUUCCAAUUGUUACCCCAAAUGAAGCCGCUCAAUUGGCUGCAAAAUAUCGGGGACAAGGGUUUCAAACUCUGAAGCUCAAAGUAGGAAAAAAUUUGAACUCAGACAUUGAAGUUCUGAAGGCUAUAAGGCUUGUCCAUCCUGACUGCUCAUUUAUCUUGGAUGCAAAUGAAGGGUACACAGCAAACCAAGCAAUUGAAGUCCUUGACAGACUAAACGAAAUGGGAGUAACUCCUGUACUCUUUGAGCAACCAGUUCAUAGAGAUGACUGGGAAGGUCUCCGUGAUGUUAGCAUUGCUGCUAUGGAGAAAUACAGAGUUGCUGUUGCUGCUGAUGAAAGCUGCCGCGGUUUACUUGAUGCUCAAAAAAUAAUACAUGGAAAUCUUGCUCAUGUUAUUAACAUCAAACUGGCAAAGUUAGGGGUUCUUGGAGCCCUCGAAGUAAUUGAUGCCGCAAGAAAAGCUGGUAUUGCACUUAUGAUUGGUGGUAUGGUCGAGACUAGGAUUGCCAUGGGCUUUGCCGGCCAUCUCACUGCUGGGCUUGGUUGUUUCAGUUUUAUUGACCUGGACACACCUCUUUUAUUGUCCGAAGAUCCAGUGUACGGUGGCUAUGAAGCUUCUGGACCUGUCUACAAGUUUAAGAAUGCUCGAGGCCAUGGCGGUUUCCUUCAUUUGGACAACAAUAAUGGAUGGGUAUGUCACAGCUCACUCAUGAACCGCCAUUUCCUCUUGACGUGGGCACGAGCCUGA